CGGGAGCGAGCAGCAGCAGCGGGCCAGCCGCUAGCACACCGACCGAGCACGGAGCACCGGGGCGAUGGAGCUCAGCGCGGCUUUCUCGGUGUUUGGAGGCGUUUAGAGGACUGGGGACACCGCUGGAGUGUUAGAGUAUGUAGGUUAAAGUGUUUCUGACUGAGAAAGAGAAGAGGAGGAUCGUCUUGUCUGUGGAGGUUGCUUUGCGGUGGAGGUUAUUACUGGGACGCUCCGCUCGCGCUCCUGAUCAGGACACUGUGUUAUUAUCCAGCGCGAGCUGCGGGACUGAGCCGUGUGGACUGUGGUCGUGGUCAGUUGGUAGGCGAGCCCCGGGAGCAGGUCGGUUCAGGUGGGGCUGCUGCCGCUCGGGUGAUGUUGUCCGUACUGUCCUACGGUAGACUGGUCGCCAGGGCUGUGAUCGGCGGCCUCUCUCAGACCGACAGCCGCGAUUACAGCCUGGUGUCGGCGAGCUUUGGGUACGGGAAGGACUUCCGAAAGGGGAUUUUUAAGAAAGGCAUGUGCUACGGCGAUGACGCCUGUUUCAUUGCCAGACACAGAUCUGCGGAUGUACUAGGUGUGGCUGAUGGUGUUGGUGGUUGGCGUGAUUACGGAGUAGACCCCUCACAGUUUUCUGCAACAUUAAUGAGGACAUGUGAGAGGCUGGUGAAAGAGGGACGUUUUGUACCCAGUAACCCAGUGGGGAUCCUUACCACCAGCUACUAUGAGCUUCUUCAAAACAAAGUACCUCUACUAGGAAGCAGCACAGCUUGUAUAGUGGUGCUGGACAGACAAAGCCAUCGGCUUCACACAGCGAACCUGGGUGACUCAGGUUUCCUGGUUGUUCGAGGAGGAGAAGUAGUUCACAGGUCCGAUGAGCAACAGCACUAUUUUAAUACCCCCUUCCAGCUUUCAAUUGCUCCCCCGGAGGCAGAGGGCUCUGUCCUUAGUGACAGUCCUGAAGCUGCGGACAGCUCAUCUUUUGAUGUUCAGCUAGGAGACAUCAUCCUCACAGCAACAGACGGACUCUUUGACAACAUGCCAGACUACAUGAUCCUACAGGAACUCAAAAAGCUCAAGUACACAAACUAUGAGAGCAUCCAGCAGACAGCAAAGAGCAUUGCUGAGCAGGCCCAUGUUUUGGCAUAUGACCCUAAUUACAUGUCCCCGUUUGCGCAAUUUGCCAAUGACAAUGGACUUAAUGUGAGAGGAGGAAAGCCAGAUGACAUCACGGUUCUGCUGUCAAUUGUAGCGGAGUACACAGAUUGAUGCUUGUUCCGACAGCUCCUCUUGUUGUCUUCCUGUUGUUCACUGGAGUGGUCAUUGCUUCCUGCUGGCAGGACGAGGGCUAAUGAUUUUUUUCCCCCUUUGUUUGGCAAGGAUCUGACCCUCAACCACUUCCAUGGGUUUUAGCAUAUCUUUCUCAUCAUUCUCAUUCUGUUUUCAGUUAAUACCUUUCCCUUAAUCAUCUGGCUACAGAGGAGAUAAUGGUCCAGUUUUAGAUCUUGAUACGAACCAACUAAAAUGAGUCAGCUAGCAUUGUAUCUCUCUGUGCUGUUCUUGGACUCGUGAGAGCUUUUCAUGAGGGCACUGCAGGUGCCAGUUCACAGUGCUUUCAAUCUUAAUGGUGAACUAUUAGCAUGUAUCAGCAAGUUUUCUAAAGAGAGGUGAAACAGAAAUGAGAUUUUAAAGAUUGAGGGGUUGGAAACCGACAAAUGAGAAAAGCUCAGGAUGAUGAUAGAUCAAUAUGGUAACAUAAGAUACAUCUCCUAAGCAGAUAUGCAACAUGCAUAGGAUUAACCAGUGGGUUUAUCACAAAAAUGGCCAUUAUGCCAGUGCUGGACUACCUGACACUAGGGAGUCUACAGAAGAGAUGGGGAUAAAUAUGUUCCAGCACAAAUGGCAAAGCCAAGGGAGAUCAGCAAACCAUCAGUUUGGCCUGUUUAUAAAGCCUUAUCUUCAGCCCAAAUCUAAUCAGCUCUUCCUAAAGGAGAGGGUUCCCCUAAUGAGUUCCUCUAAUAGACAUCUGCUAUGAUUUGAGCCUGUUAAGUUUAAAAGGAAGUCUCUUGUCAAGCCAAUUUGGCUAAGGCCCACCUCACACAUAU